ACGCGGUCGGUAGGAUUCCGGGGGCCGUGUUAGAACUACUUUGAAAUUACAUUCUUCCUUCCUCCUACGCUCUUCUCCUUGAGGUUAUACUUGUUUUGACAAAGUUUGAGAAGUAAAAUCAAUCUAGUGGGAUCACCUACUCUCACAUAUCUAAUCAUGUAAGAUCAGUGAUCGCCACAAGGAAGGAAAGAAGGAUUUUGAUAGUUCAAUCUUGAACACGGCCCAGUUCCUCUGAAACGAGGAGGAUUUGCGCUGCCGCGUGCUCGCGCCCGCCCCAGCAGGCACCACCGAUUGUUGACAAAGACGCCGCGAGACGGAGAAGAGAGCCCGAGCCUUGGUUUUAAGCCACCGGAGGACUACGGUUGAAAACUCCGUCCGUUUACCGAGAACGAGGAAGGAGCGCGAGCGUCUUGAAAAUCAACCUCUCCCCCUCCUUUCGCCAUCAACCUGAAGGUGUGGCCGGAUCGAGGCGAUUCGGUAAUAGUGCCUUUGCUUUAAACAGUUGUCGGACUGGCGCGUGAAGAAGAGAUCCCCCCGGCAAACCACAUGCACCUUUACAUACCGACAGAAUGAUCACAGUGGGCCGGGAUGGGUUGGUGUCGGUGUAAUUAACGUCAAUCUCAAGGAGUCUUCCAUACGUAGAAGAACCAGGAGGACGGGGUCCAGGCGAGGUCCGGCCGGGCAUGGUGUGAUCUGAAUCGGGCAGCCAGUCUGGGUCUGACCGGUGACCACCCGUCCUUUCCCCGGAGCCUGCGUGGCCCCAAGCCACGUCCAGAGCCCUCCAAGAUGGGGAAGUGUGACGGGAGAGUUACACUGGUGGCGAUAUGUUCACUGCAGCUGAUGGCAGCGCUCCAGAGACAGGUGUUUGACUUCCUGGGCUACCAGUGGGCUCCUAUCCUGGCCAACUUCCUCCAUAUCAUGGCCGUCAUACUGGGGAUCUUUGGAACAGUGCAGUUCAGAUCCCGCUACCUCAUACUGUAUGCGGUGUGGUUGGUGCUGUGGGUGGGAUGGAACUCCUUCAUCAUCUGUUUCUACCUUGAGGUGGGACACUUGUCUCAGGACAGGGACAUCCUGAUGACGUUCAACACGUCGCUGCAUCGGUCCUGGUGGAUGGAGCACGGCCCUGGUUGCCUAGUAACGCCGGUGUUGGACUCCCGCAUCGCCCCCGACAACCACCAUGUCAUCACCGUCUCUGGCUGUCUCCUUGACUACCAGUACAUUGAGGUGCUGAGUGCCGCGUUACAGGUUCUACUGGCUCUCUUUGGCUUUGUGUAUGCCUGCUAUGUGAGCAAAGUCUUCCAGGAUGACGAGGAUAGCUUUGAUUUCAUUGGUGGCUUUGAAUCCUAUGGUUACCAGCCUCCUCAGAAGACCUCACACCUCCAACUGCAGCCCCUCUACACGUAGGGCCGGGUAGGGGAAGGAGGCGCCCCCAUCAGACCACACCUCAGCGGUGAAGCUGUCUCCUUGGGAACAGAGCACUCACUCUGCGUGUCACAGUACAACUGAAAGAUGGACUCGCCUGUGUGUGUAUGUGAGACCGUGUAUGUGUAUGGUAAUCGAGGGUAAACUGACUGAUACCCCUGAGGUGAAUGUACAGAGGACAGGGUGGAACCAGCCAUUCUAUGGG